AAGUGUCUUGUCAACUCCUAACUUCUUUUGCAAUUAAAAUAGAGGGUCAAAUAGUUUCCAGCUACGCUUUGAUCUUUUCCCCAUAACUCUCCACUUGAGAUUGCAUAUUGAUGGACCCCAUGUUUUGGAUAUAUCUCCUGAACAAGGGUCCACCAAACAAACGCAACCAUAGAAGCCCAGAUUGCCACGUGGCACCCUCUAAAUGCACACUUUUUCAUUAUUGAAUAAAAGUAAAAAAAAAAAAAAUGAUCUUGCUUAUAUGAACAUAUAUAUACAUACAUACAAUCACAACUCACAACUUAUUAUUAUAGUGUAAUAAAAAAAACAGCAGUUUGCUUCAAAACCAAGAAGCCGAUAUAGAACCUUAAAAGCAAGUGUUUUUGUCGCUAUGGCUGAUCAGUAUUUCUUGCAAAACAUCAAACAGUCUUUCUCUUUAGCAGACAUUGAUCCAAACAUUGAAUUCAUGAACCAUUUUCCAGGUCUAAAUCCAGGUCAUCAAGACACCUCAGACCUGAACUUCCACAGCUUAAUGGGAUUUCCCCAUGACAGCAUUAAUUUCCAUCAGUUGCCAGAAUUUCCUGGAAACCUGGAAAAUUUCCAUGGAUUAUUCUUCCUUGAUGACAACACUGUAAUUCCUCCUGUCCCUGUGCCCACCAUCUCCAAUGACAACAAUCAUCAAGACAGGAAAAGGAAAUCAACGGAUAUCAGCACGCCUGAAAGCAGUUCUGCAAACAGUUUCUCCUCUGAUAAAGGGAUUAGAAAGACUAAUGCUGCAGGAAGAGGAAAGAAAGUGAAAUCCAAUGAAGAGAAAGAUGAUAUGCCAAGAGAAGUGAUUCAUGUCAGGGCCAAAAGAGGCCAGGCCACUGAUAGUCAUAGUUUAGCAGAGAGAGUCAGAAGAGGAAAAAUCAACGAGCGAUUACGAUGUUUGCAAGACAUCGUUCCAGGAUGCUACAAGUCCAUGGGAAUGGCAGUAAUGUUGGAUCAGAUCAUCAAUUAUGUCCAGUCCUUGCAGAAUCAAGUAGAGUUUCUCUCUAUGAAGCUUACGGCAGCAAGCACGUUUUACGACUUCAACACCGAUGCAGAUGGCAUCGACACACUGCAGAGAGCAAAGGCGUCCGAAGCCUUGGAGGUUCAAAAUGCAGCUAGCCAGGGCAUCCCUUCUGCUCAAUCUGCCGCAUUAGGCCUGAAUUUUGGCUAUUUUCCUCAACUCCCACACAGCAAAUGAAAACUUCACAAAUUUUCAGUGUUUUUUCUCAGUUAAAUUUGUAUACAAGAAAAAAGAAAGGUCCCAUAUUGGGCAAAAAGGCAGAAGUUAAAAGAUUAUACUCAACUUGUAUCAACUCUAUCAUAUGUUGGAAUUCAAUUGACCAAAUACCAAUAA